AUAGCGAUAGAGUUUGAAAUUUUAAUUUUUUUUUUUUUAGUGUGCGCGAAUAAAUAAAAAAAAUAUUUUUUGAGUGUUUCUUAUAAAUAUUAAUUUUUAACCAUUAAUUAGUAGUAUAAAAUAAAAAAAAUAAAAGAACCCGUAAAAAUGGGUCGAACACUCAAAAUAUUUGGACUUUUAUUGUGCAUUGUUGCUGUUGCAACGGCUGAUGCCCGUGUCAAGCGACAAGACGAUGACUCAGAAGACGUGAACGUUGAAGAGCUCUGCCAAGACAGACCGCAAGACGAGUAUUUCCGUCUUAGCAUAGAAGGCGAUUGUCGUGACGUUGUCAGGUGCGAUGGUAUUGAAAACGGUACCAAAAGAUUAGCUACAGUCCGUUGUCCCAGUAGCUUAGCAUUUGAUAUCAUAAGGCAAACGUGCGACUGGAAAUCAAAUGUUAAGAACUGUAAUGUUACUGGAAAGCCACGUAAAGCUCUUCCAAACUUCAAAACCGACGAGCCUGUCUGUCCCGAGGGCAAAUUGCAAUGCGGUGAUGGCGAAUGCUUGGAAAAGGAUUUGUUCUGUAACGGAAAGCCCGAUUGUAAAGAUGAGUCCGACGAAAAUGCUUGCACUGUCGAAACUGAUCCAAAUCGUGCUCCCGACUGCGAUCCCACGCAAUGCGUCUUACCUGAUUGCUUCUGCUCUGCCGACGGUACUCGUAUUCCUGGAAAUAUCGAGCCACAACAAGUGCCACAAAUGAUCACAAUUACCUUCAAUGGUGCCGUAAAUGUAGACAACAUCGACUUGUACGAAGACAUCUUCAAUGGUCAACGUCAAAAUCCCAAUGGUUGCCAAAUUCGUGGAACAUUCUUCGUUUCGCACAAAUACACCAACUACUCAGCCGUCCAAGAUUUGCAUCGUCGCGGACAUGAAGUGUCAGUUUUCUCACUUACACACAAGGAUGACCCCAACUACUGGAGUCAGGGCACUUAUGAUGAUUGGUUAGCUGAAAUGGCUGGUGGUCGUUUGAUUAUCGAACGUUUCGCUAAUAUCACGGACGGUUCGAUUAUCGGUGUUCGUGCCCCCUACUUGCGUGUUGGUGGCAACAAACAAUUCGAAAUGAUGGCUGAUCAAUUCUUCGUGUACGAUGCCUCGAUCACUGCUUCCCUCGGACGUGUCCCAAUCUGGCCAUACACUUUGUAUUUCCGCAUGCCACACAAGUGCAACGGUAACGCCCACAAUUGCCCGUCUCGCAGUCACCCAGUGUGGGAAAUGGUCAUGAACGAGCUCGAUCGUCGUGAUGAUCCUACCUUCGAUGAAUCGCUGCCCGGUUGUCACAUGGUUGACUCGUGCUCCAACAUCCAAACUGGCGAGCAAUUCGGUCGUCUUUUGCGUCACAACUUCAAUCGUCACUACAGUAGCAACCGUGCUCCAUUGGGUCUCCACUUCCAUGCCUCAUGGUUGAAAUCGAAGAAGGAAUACCGCGACGAACUCAUCAAGUUUAUCGAAGAAAUGUUGGGCCGCAAUGACGUUUUCUUCGUCACGAUGUUGCAAGUCAUCCAGUGGAUGCAAAAUCCCACGGAACUCAAUUCGUUGCGUGACUUCCAGGAAUGGAAGGAAAAGUGCGACGUCAAGGGACAACCUUACUGCUCGCUGCCAAAUGCCUGUCCACUUAAUACGCGCGAAUUGCCCGGAGAAACCUUGAGAUUGUUCACGUGCAUGGAAUGCCCCAACAACUAUCCAUGGAUCUUGGACCCCACUGGCGACGGAUUCUCGUCUCGUCGUUAACAACUGACUUUUUAUAAGAUUAAGAUUUUUUGAUAAAUGACUUUCCUCCACCGGAAAAACACACAAACAAUUUCUCUCGAACACGUAUGGCAACCAUCAGAUUAUUUAUUUGCGUUGUAAAAAAUUGAAAUUGCGUUACUAUUCAUGUUCCAUGUUUUAAAUAAAAGUAAA